GUUGAGUGCGGGCAGAGAGCGUGGAUCGAGACUGGAUCCUGGAGCUCUGGGGACUUUGGGAUCAGAGGUUCGAUCGCUUGAGACGGCAACCGAGUCUCUCCCUCGCCCGGGCCACGGCCACAGCGGAGUGGAGUGGGGCGGUACGAGAGGCAUGCGGGGACUGGCGGUGGUGGCGGCGCGUCUCGCGGCCGGCGUCGGCCGGAAGUUUCGCGCGACCCGGCCCGGACUCGCGACGCCUCUCGGCGUCCGUGGGUCGGAGGGACUCCAAGGGCCGCUGACAGCAGCCCGUCGCGCCCUCGCCUCUUGGCCGACGCUACGGCCCUCGCUUGCCCCGCCUACGCCGGCGGGGCACCAGCGGGCCUGGCGGGGCCUUUGCAGCGGAGCGGACGCGGACCCGGCGGGGGCGGCGACGGCGCUCGGAGCCGUGAAGCAGCCGCACUACCAGCUGGUGUUCACCUGCAAGGUGUGCAGCACCCGCACAGCCAAGCGGAUCUCGAAGGUGGCGUACCACAGCGGCGUGGUGAUCGUCACCUGCCCAGGCUGCGGGAAUCACCACAUCAUCGCCGACAACCUGCGCUGGUUCUCCGACCUGGAGGGCAAGCGGAACAUCGAGGAGAUCCUGGCAGCACGCGGGGAGCUCGUUCGCCGCGUGCCCACCGAAGACGCCACCGACUUCGCCGCGGUGCCUGGGGGUGAGGGGGCGGGGCGCGGAGUGGAGCCUGGGAUGGAGGAGGCGGGGUCUGAGAUGGAGGAGGCGGGGUCCGGAGGGGAGAGCCUGGGGGUCACGGGGCCGAGGGAGUGCGGAUCACGGGGGGUCACCACCGGGCACGGUGGAUCCGUGGGGGCGGUGGGGCGAGCCGUGGUGCCGGCCUCACCGGGACAAGGUGGGGUGGGGGCCCAGGAUCCCGGUGUGCGGGGCCCGGGGAGGGCCGAGGGUGGUUAGAUGGGGGAGAUGUUUACGCGUCGAUUGAUUCGAUCCCCACGCUUGGGAUACGUUGAGGGUUGCCGCCGCUGCCACAGAAGAGGAGUUGGUGGUCAGCACGCGGAAGGGCUUGCGCCGUUUCGAUUCCAUCUCCCGGCGCGGCGACUGUGAAAAAAAAUCACGCGCUGCCAGUUUCUUAAACCUGUCCACCCACCCAGGAGCGUUCGUCGCUACGCCGCAGUCGAUCGGCAAAAGUCAGGUUUGGUGGGGUAAAGCGUGGGUACUCCCAAGGCCGGAUUAAGGUUAUGAGGUGCCCAAGGCGAAUAGAAGGGAAGGGUCCUACUGGGUAUAUUGUGAGUAAUUACAUGUUGCGGAAAAAAAAAACACGAAUUAAUCAAAUAAAAAUUAUUUAUUUAUCUUUGUAAAUAUUCACGCAUUUAUUCGACUCGAAAUAAAUGAAUGAAACAUCACACGAA